UUCUCUCCAAGAUUGAAUUCAACACUAUGAAUUGUGUCCUGCUGUUGCUCUGUGCAGGUCUUGCCCUCACUACCUGUGACAUCACUGUUCUGCAAAGCUCCAGCAUUCCCCUUUUUUGUCUUCCUGAUGAUGCCCCUGUGCUGGAUGACCCCACAUACACCUGGAGCUUCACGUCUGCUCACACAAAGAAGCAGCACACACUUGAGGAAAAAGGAAAACUCCUGAACCUCAGAAACAUAAAUGCCACCCAAGAAGGAGAGUAUAAGUGUGUUAAGGAUGGCUAUAAAAGAGAGGAUCAUAUGAGGUUGAGCAGAACAUUCACAAUACGUGUGGAAGUGCCCCCACCGUUUCAGGAAUGGCAGGUCGUCAAAGAAGUAGCUGGGAAUGAUGUGACACUUCCAUGCAAGGUUUCUAGGGUUUUCUCUCCGGGAGAGACAGAAAAACCUCCUGUCAUCUGGAAACGAGAGACAGAAAAUGGUGUGAUGUUUCUCAAGCUCGACAAAGACAGAAAUGACCAAGAGAGGGACAAGAAACAUCAGAGGAUUUUCUGGAACACCCGCCCUGAAGAACAGGACUGGGCAAUUAAAAUUAGUCAGAUCACAGCGGAAGAUGCUGGGAUGUACCACUGUGUCAUAACUAAUACAUCUCAGAUGCUGUCAGUGGAGCUGGAAGUGACAGCCCCCCCUGUGCACCCCUGCUCUGGCCACACUGGCCCAUGGGAGGACUGUGAGGAACAUGACAGCAGAUCAGGGCAGGCAAUUCUGCAGGAUUCACUCAGAGACUUCUCCGCCUCUGUCUACGCCAAACUUAAAGGCUCAAAACCCCAAACCAACUUGAUCUUCUCCCCAGUCAGCAUUGCUGUAACUCUUUACAACCUGCUAUUGGGUGCUCGAAGUGAGACCAGAAAACAGCUGGAAGCUGCUCUUAGGAUUCCCCUAGAAUUCUCCUGCGUGCAUUCUGAGACAAAGAAACUGAAAGAAGUGUUAAAGGACACACUGAGAAUAGCCUCUGCUAUCUUUUACUCCCCAGAGCAACAGUUGGGAGAAGCUUUUGUCAACCAAUCAAAGGAGUUCUAUGAUGCCGUGCCAGAGAAACUGACCAAUGACAGCAAUCAAAACGUGAUUCUCAUCAAUCAAUGGGUGAAAAAGAAGACAAUGAACAAAAUCACUGAGUUAAUUGAUUAUAUAGAUCCGACUACCUCGUUUGUUUUGUUAAAUGCUGUCUACUUUAAUGGUAAAUGGAAGACAGUUUUUGAAUCAACAAAAAAACGGGAUAACUUCAUGAAGUUUUCAGGUGAGGUCAUAGAAGUGCAGACUCUCUACAGCUCCAAGUAUAACCUUCAAAUGGGCUACAACAAGAAAUUACAGGCUGACGUUGGGAAGUUCUCUCUUACGGGUAAAAACAGCCUGUACAUACUGAUCCCACGCACAACAUCAGAAGAAGCCUUUGUAUUGAUGGAGAAUAAUAUAAACAAAGAUUCUAUUGAAGCAAUGGUAUCUGAGAUGAAUAAUGUCCCAGUCCAAAUCGCUGAGGUCAUCCUGCCUAGAAUUAAACUGACAGUGGACACACAACUGGAGGACUUACUGAGGAGUAUGGGUUUGUCAGAUCUCUUCUCAAAACCAAACUUCUGUGGAAUAUUUCCGGAGGAUUCUGAAUCAUUCAUCUCAGACGCCCGUCACAGCGCCUUUCUCUCACUGACGGAGAAGGGAGUGGAGGCCGCUGCAGCCACAAGCAUCUCUUUUUCUCGCUCCUUCCCUCAAUUUACAGCUCUACAGCCCUUCGUUCUGAUACUGUGGAGCGAUGAGGCUGGCGCUCCUCUUUUCAUGGGAAGAAUAAUCAAUCCAUAAAAAGAGAGAUAAAAAGACAUCACAACAGUGUCUUGCCACUUUCUGUUCUACAUUCACUCUUUUAUCACAAAUGCAUUUAUGUAACAAUAUCAUGUUAUGCAUGCAGAAUCUCAGUCAUUAAAGAUGUACUUUACAUCA